CGGUUACCUACAGCGACAACGUUACAAGUAUGAACGUUCUUACAAGGCCAGGCGUGUGUUCGUCUCGACAAGGAAGUUGAACAGAACAUGACUAUGGUAUCCAAUGGCCUUGCUCGAAACAAGAUGUGUUAGCGGGCACCUCUGGUCUACAUUUAAGAUAAGGAAAUAUCAGCAAGUUGAUAGAUAACCAGGCAUAACCACACAGUAUUAACCAUGCUGUUAAGAAGAUUGUUGGGAAGAAGAUGGAAGUUGGUCCUGGCUGGAGGAAUCAUCAUCAUCGUCAUUCUACUGAUUGGUGCCGACAUCUUCGGCGACCGAGAUGGCAAGAGCACCAUUUUUAAACGUGACGCCAUCGCACUGAAUUUCCCCCACCUCCGAGGCAUGAAGGAGCUGGAUGACGUUGACCCUGCAGACAGAAGACGAGAAGACCUGUUUUACGUCCCCCCUGAGCCGCGGAUAGGUCCGCUCUUCCACAUGACGGACAAAAAUGACACCAAGUUUACCUUCCGACAAAACCCUAACUGGAAAAACUCGACAUGUCCGAGAAGUCUGCAGAGAAAAGCCUUCUUAUCAGAGGAGUUUGGUCCAAUCUUCAGACCUGACACACAGAUGGUGAUUAACAGCAAGUUGUUUAAUGUAGACGAAUACUGGAGAAUGAUGCCUUGGGCAACACCGUUUGGAUACAAAUACAAGGAGAACAUCACGUAUGAAGAGGUCCGAGAUGUGCUGAACAUGUUUCCAGCGGAUGAUACCAUCUUCAACUUUACGGGGAGGAGCAGGCCCCAGUGUAUAACCUGUGCCGUGAUUGGCAAUGGUGGGAUGUUGAACGGCUCCAAGAAUGGGGAGGAGAUUGACAGGCACAACUAUAUCUUCAGAGUAAAUCACGCCCUCACUAAAGGGUUUGAAGAAGAUGUUGGCAGUAGGACAACCCACUACGUGUUCUACGACCGCUCUCUUGUUGGUGUGAAGGCAGAUGACUACCCUAUCAGUAAGGACAUCACAUAUAUAUUUGUGCCAUGCAGAAAGGCAGAUUUUUCAUACCUCAAGUCUAUAGCUGAAGGCAGAAACAAGUUUGCAGUGCCACCAGAAAAUGUCCGAAUCGUCCACCCAGACUGGAUGAGAUACGUUCACUAUGUGUAAGUACUGUUUUGUUGUUCUACAUGCCAUUUGUUUCUCACAAAGAAAAAGGUUUUGACCUUUUAUGACUCAAGUUUUGCCAAAAGCAGUCACUGAAGCAACUGGAUAUGAUCUUGGGAACAUUCGAAAGUCAUUUUCCAGUUGCUUAAGUAACUGCUCUUUGGUAUAUCUUAUUACCUGGAUGUCUAACCUUCAUUGACGACUCUGGUUGCUUACUUACUACUUACUACUAACAUCUAGUUUCAUCUUUCCCAGUAAAUUUUUGGUUACUUAAGUCUUGUUACAAUGUUUAUGGUCCAUGCUUGGAAAUUCGGUGUCUUUUUUUGUCAAUUUUUUUCACUUUACAUGUGAGAUCUAGAGUCAGCAGAGGAUGACAUCCUUAAAAUGUACUUGCUGUAACAUCAUUCUGAUAUCCAGGUUGCUUGAAUUAAACCGAAAAUUGACUCAGAACGUCUUCCCUUCCCUUACAGGUGGAUGAGAGUGAAGUCCUUCCGCCCCACCACUGGUGGCAUCAUGGUCAUGGCAGCCCUCAACUCUUGCGACAAGCUCAGUCUGUACGGGGUGGGAUACAACACCAAGUACAGCCAUUACUACUACGAUAAGCAGUACAAAGCGUUCAAGCCUGUACUUGGAAGCCACGACCACAGAAGAGAGAUUAAACUUUGGGACAGCUUAGACAGGGAAGGCCUUGCUUAUUGGUACAGAAGAGAUGUUUUCUGAGAAAGUUUAAGAGAUUAUGAGUUGCCCAUGGCUGCUUUUUAUGGUAGGAACAGGUGGGUUGUUACCCGUCUUGCAAUUUUUAAUAGUCAUGUUCCUUUUAUUGUAGGAAAGGCAAAAGUACUCAACUUCUCAUUGCCAUCUUGCCUGGAACUGGGGUAGCCUUAUAAGACUUGUAAAAAAAAAUGGAUAAAUAAUCUUUUCAAGGACAAAAAUUGCAACAGUGUGCAAAAGAGGAAUUUCAAAAUAACUUGAUAAAGGAAAUGGAGGCAAUUGUUUCACCAAAUGUUUUCAACUUUCGAAGAGUAAAAUCCACAAUUGAUAUGUGAGGUGACAUUAUGUGGUGGUUACAGAAGAGCAGGAAUGCUGUUGUGUUGGCAUAACUUCAAGUCUGCUAAGCUAACAUGGUUUCACCAUGGAAAUAAUUUCUUAAAAAUGAAGUACAUAAUUAAGAUGUGUACCUUGCAAUACAUUAUUGAAGUGGGCUUUUAGCAAUGCAUAAUGGGUUUUUGACAUAAUCCAGGGCCUAGUCUGGACUCAAAAUCUCUUUUCAAUAUUUUUUUGUGAAGUUAGGCAUCCCACACAUUUCAAACCUGUUGAAACAAAAUAUUUGCUAUAUUGAAGCCAUUGUCUUAAGUUUCUUUCACAAAGGCAGAAGUAAGCAUUUGAAUUUGGGCAAAUCACACAGGUCCUUUGAGGCUUCACUUUUUUUAUGUACCCACUUGAACCAGAUAUAUACUAAUUAAUCAUACCACAGUACUCCAUAUAAGACGUACUACAAUGCAGUGAAAAUUGUACAGUUUGCCUUCAAAUACAAAAUUUCAUGUACUGUAAAUGUUAUUGAAUAGAGAUUUUUGUACUACCAGUAAGAACUUUUUAUAUCCACAUUUUGUAGUUAGGAACAACAGAUACUGCAAUCUGAUCACUUACAUGUAGCUGUGCUUUUGCCGAAGACAGUUUUUAGAUAGUGUAGUUAAUGAUUUAAGGUAAUUGUUUUUACCAUCAGUAUUUUAAAGAUAUUUGUAAGUUUGAUACUGUUUGUAUAUAUUCAUCUGUGUUGGUCUCAAAUAUUAUUAGUUUCCCAAUGUUUAUCACAAAUUCUGAUCACUAAAACACAUAAAUGUUGUUAGUAAUAAUAGAUUCAAUAUCUUGUGCUGUCUUUGUAACUUGUUACAUUUUCUAGCUAGUUUGGGACUUUAUGUUGGAUGUACAAUGUAUAUGUGGAUACUUAAAGCUUUAUCUAUGCAGUAAUUUAUUGCUGAGGGGAUGAAAAUCUCCCCAAGUCCGCAUUAAAUACUUAUCAAAUAUGACAUUCACAUUUUAAUAAUUUUAGUUGAUGGAUUUAGUUAAUUGCAUUUGUGCCUUAUUUUAAAGAUUUAGUCAAAAUGUUGAAGAAGAGUGACUUAUACAGGGGUCAAGAUGAGCACAGAUGAUACAUGUGCACCAGAUUGGAUGCCCUUCUAGAUCUGUAUGAUGUAUUUGGAUGAUGCAGUGUGUUAAUUAUUGAAUAUGACACUUCUGCUAAGUAUGGUGAGGGACAUUCCUUGGAUAUUUUCAUUAGUCUUGGUACGUUUUACAUGCAAAAAAUUAAUGUAUUUCUUUAGACUGAAUUUGGAAAUGAUUGCGUUUUGGAAGAUUGGUGCUCAGAGUAGAAUGUGCAUGUAAUAUAAGCCUGUUGCUAGCAGUACAUAGUACUUCCAUACACUUCUAUGUCAAUUAUACAAGAACCGUAUUGUAUCUG